AUGGUGGACCACGCGGACGACCUAUGGCACUUCGCCGAGGACUACCCCAUGGCGCCCCUCGACGAGGACUGCCGCCUCCUGGGGUCCCUCCUCGACGACACCCUCCGCAUUGAGGUCGGCGACGUCCUCUUUGAGAAGAUCGGGCGCAUCCGCGGCAUGGCGCAGGCGGCGGCGAUGCUGUCGCAGAACGCGGCCGGGGACGCCUCGAAGAUGCUGCACGACAUGAUGGAGCAGGAGCUGUCGGACAUGCCGCUACAGGAGGCGCUGCCGACGGCGCGUGCGCUGGGGCACUACCUCAACCUGACGUCCGUGGCGGAGAACUUCCACAACGUGCGCAUGCAGCGGAAGGCCGCGAUGAACGGCGGCGGGCGCUCGCUGGACGACGUGCUCGGCGAGAUGCUCGGGCGCGGCAUCACGCCGCAGGCGCUGUACGAGCACAUGUGCAAGCAGUCGGUCGAGAUCGUGCUGACGGCGCACCCGACGCAGGUGAACCGCCGCACGCUGCAGCACAAGCACAACCACAUCGCGAAGCUCCUCGAGCGCAACGACCGCAUCGACCUCACCCCCGAAGAGCGUGAGGGCGUGAUCGAGGACAUGGUCCGCGAGAUCACGGCGCUGUGGCAGACGGACGAGAUCCGCCGCCGGAAGCCGACGCCGAUGGACGAGGUCAAGGGCGGCCUGCACGUCAUCGAGCAGAGCCUGUGGACGGCCGUGCCCAACUACCUGCGCAAGCUGAGCGCGUCGCUCAAGAAGCACACGGGGCAGCCGCUCCCGAUCAACGUCGCGCCGAUCUCGUUCGGCUCGUGGAUGGGCGGCGACCGCGACGGCAACCCGAACGUCACGGCGGAGGUGACGAAACAGGCGACAUACCUGGCGCGCUGGAUCGCCGCGGACCUCUACAUCAAGGAGGUGGACGUGCUGCGGUUCGAGCUGUCGAUGUCGAACUGCUCGGACGAGCUGUUCGCCAUCGUGCACCGCAUCCUGCGGCAGAAGGGCGCGGAAGCUGCAGCAGGCAAGACGACGACCAAGGAUCACACGCCGCGCCCCAACAGCAGCCGCGCGGCCGUGCUCACGCGCGGCGCGAGCCCCUCGAUGAUCCUCGGCCGCCCCUCCUUCAUGCCGGCGAUCCAGGGCGAACGCGACGCGUCCACGGGGAUGGCUGACGUCCCGCCGGGCGCGUUCCCGACGGGUGCGACGCCGAAGGCGAACGGCGCGUCCGCGCAGAACAACUUCGACCUGCAGCCCCUCGCGGAGGGCCUCACCCCGGAGGGCGGCACCUCCCCGCACGAGGUCCGCUCCUCGUCCGGCGCCGGCAACGCCCCCGCGGCGCACGGCGAGGACCUCGAGGAGCUCCCCGCGCAGUUCCUCGGCGCGGACGGCUCCGGCUACGUGAAGCACUACCGCCACAUCCGCGGCAAGUCGCUCACGCGGUCCUCCAUGGACGCCAUCAUGCGCCCGCGCAUCCCGGGCCUGGCGCCGUACCGCCUGAUGCUCACGGAGAUCCACGACCGCCUCGUCGCGACGCGCGAGCACUACGAGGCGCUCCUCGCCGGCCGGCAGCCGGACCACGAGGUGCCGAUCUACCUCAAGGCCGAGGACGUCGCGCAGCCGCUGCUGGUGUGCUACCGCUCGCUGUGGGACUGCGGGAGCGGCAUCGUGGCGGAGGGGCGCCUCGCGGACCUCCUCCGCCGGCUGUACACCUUCGGGCUGCACCUGGUGAAGCUGGACGUGCGCCAGGAGUCGACGCGGCACGCCGACACGCUGGACACGAUCACGGAGCACCUCGAGCUCGGGAAGUUCUCGCAGUGGACCGAGGAGGAGAAGUGCCAGUGGAUCAUCUCGGAGCUCAAGUCGAAGCGCCCGCUCAUCCCGCACGGCAUGCCCAUGUCGGAGGACGUGCGCGAGGUCCUCAACACGUUCCGCAUGGUCGCGGAGAACCCGGAGUCGCUCGGCGCGUACGUCAUCUCGAUGGCGCACUACGCCUCGGACGUCCUCGCGGUCGAGCUCCUCCAGCGCGAGGCCACGCUCGUCGCCGCCGGCGAGCGCGGCCACGCGGCGGACUUCUCCUCGACGCUGCGCGUGGUGCCGCUCUUCGAGACGCGCGACGACCUCACCCGCGCGCCGGAGACGAUGACGAUGCUGUUCAACAACCCGUGGUACCGCCACCACCUCGCCGAGCACCACAACGACAGCCAGGAGAUCAUGCUGGGGUACUCCGACUCCGGGAAGGACGCCGGGCGGCUCGCGGCGAACUGGGCGCUGUACCGCGCCCAGGAGCAGCUCACCGAGGUGUCGCGCAACGCCGGCGUCAAGCAGACGCUCUUCCACGGCCGCGGCGGCACCAUUGGCCGCGGCGGUGGGCCCAUGUACCUGGCCAUCCAGUCGCAGCCGCCGGGGAGCGUGGAGGGCCGGCUGCGCGUGACGGAGCAGGGCGAGAUGGUGCAGGCGAAGUUCGGGCUGCCGGUCAUCGCGCAGCGCAACCUCGAGGUGUACACGACGGCGAUCCUGGCCUCCACGCUCGCGCCGCCCAACCCCCCGCGGAGCCAGAAGUGGCGCGAGAUCCUCGAGAGCCUCGCCGAGUGGUCCUGCGAGGCCUACCGCGAGAUCGUCUUCCGCCACCCCAAGUUCGUGUCGUACUUCCGCCACGCCACGCCCGAGGAGGAGCUCGUCAACCUCAACAUCGGCUCCCGCCCCCAGCGCCGCAAGAAGGGCGGCGGCGUCGAGACCCUGCGCGCCAUCCCGUGGAUCUUCGCGUGGACGCAGAACCGCCUCGUCCUGCCCGCGUGGCUCGGGUUCGCCGAGGCCAUCGACCGCGCGCACAAGGCCGGCUGGCGCCACGAGCUCCAGGCCAUGUACCGCGAGUGGCCCUUCUUCCAGUCCACGAUCGACCUGGUCGAGAUGAUCCUCGCCAAGGCCGACAUGCGCAUCGCGAAGCUGUACGACACGAUCCUCGUCGCGGACGAGGAGGAGAAGGCGCUCGGCGAGCAGCUGCGCCGCAGCUUCAAGGACACGGUGCAGGCCAUCCUGGGCGUGUCGGGGCACUCGAAGCUCAUCGACAACAACCACUCGCUGCGCCGGCUGAUCCAGAUGCGCAACCCGUACAUCGACCCGCUCAACGUGCUCCAGGUGGAGAUCCUCCGCCGCCUGCGUCAGGACCCCGACAACCAGGACCUCCGCGAGGCGCUGCUGAUCACGAUCAACGGCCUCGCGGCGGGCAUGCGCAACACCGGGUGA